AUAUCAACUCCAGUCAUGUGCCUGUUUGGUGGGAAUUAAGUCACCGGUAUGUGGAGGGUUUGUUGACUUUAACAUUAGUCAUUCAAACAAACGUUUGCUUCAUUUUCCAUUUUAAGCGUCAGAUAGUUUGAUCACAUGUUGCGACUUUGGCCGCCUUGACAUUGUAAUUGUGGCAUGGGCAACGAAAACGUGUUCUGUGCUAUAAGAUUAAGGCAAAAAGUGUUUUAACAUGAUUUAAGCAUUUUUCACAGCUUACAAAGUAGCAACAGUCAGACUUUGGAAUUUCAAAGCAUUUCUUAUGUCCAAAGCACCGCCCAGUUUUUACCUGGGAUUCACACACCCUCAUGAAAAACUCUCUCCCCUCCCUUCAGCUUCUUCUUAUAAGAGUUGAUUCAUAUCUGCCAGGCAUAUUACUGAGCACAGACACCGGCCAGGUUGACUUCUACUCCAGAAUCUAUCUGCAUCCUUGUUACAAGAUGAAGACAAACACAGUGAUCAGUUUGAUGUCACUGAUGUCUAUCUGGAUGUGGACUGGAGAAGGUCAGAUAUUCCAGCCUGAGCUUACAUCUAAUGCUUUCCUAGCCAAGGUCACCAGUAAUACAGUGAUACUGAAGCAGCCGUAUUGUGUAUUUAAUCAGCCAUGCCCUGGCUGUGAGAUAUGGCUUGUGGCUGGGCUGUGCUCAGCAAACGGCACCUUUGAUGCUCUAGUAAACAGCUCAACUACCAACAUCCUCAGCUUGUCACCCUACCCAACAGCAUUCAACCCAUCAUCAAACAACUUCUUUCUGACCAGAGUUGGACUUCUGUCAGACUUCCCCUGUAAUCAGUACCCCAAUGAUCGCUACUUCGUAGUCGGCGCUGAUGGGAUUUGUAGUGGCGUCAACUGUAACGGAGUAUUACCUGAUGGAUCCACCAUUUGUUUCAAGUAUCUUCUAAUCGAUGCUAAUAGGACUCUUGUUAAUUCGUCAAACUGGUCUGGCAACAUUACUCUUCCCAAACUACUACCCCUUCAAACUAUUUAUGACGGUCUGAGUGCGAGAUCUGGUGCUAUGGUUGUCAUUACUACCAUCCUAUGUGUGGCUGCAGCUCUGCUUUUACUUCUUUUCCUCAUCAUGUUAUGUGUAACCUGCUGUAGGCCUACAAAGAAAGACGGUAAGCAAAUCUCAGUCAUGAACUCAAUCCGUAUCCCCCGCUAUGACACCCACAACCUAAAGGAGCGUGUGCACCCCUACGACAACCCAGCUUACCAGUCGGACUUGAAAAAUUACUCCACAUCAUCCACUCUGCCCAAGAACGGUGCACGAAAGCUGUGAGCUCCCAAAGACACCAUCACUGCACUGCAUAUUCCAGGGGACGGCAAACUACUUUGCAGCAUUUUCUCUUUCAUUGUUAGAUACGAGGCAAAAUAGAGGACAGGAAGUAAACUUGAAGUUAACCCAUCAACUCUAUGUUUCAAAUGUUUCUUGUGUAGUAUCAAACCAGAAUGGUUGUGCUAAAAGCUACUUUUCAGUCAUCAUCUUCCAGCUUUUUGUAAACUCUUGUGACAUCAGUAUUGUUUGUGAUCAAAGGAACAGAUGGAACAGAACUGCACUACACUGACUACAACAUGCAAAUUCACUAGAUGGAGCUGUUUAGUAGGAAAUAUGUGGCAGGGUGACAGUCUUACUGUAAUAUUUAGUAGCUGCUUUCUUGUCUUAGGGGUCAAAUAGGUCUAAAUAACCCUUUAUCAACCAACCAGGUGAAUUUGUUUCUUUUAUACUGGAUAUUUUGUAUUAUUGAUAUUCUUAAAACUUUCUCUUUUUUCUUUCUUUUCCAUGUUUAAUCAUGAUUAGUCAUCAUUCUCUUGGUUAGUGGUUUUAUAAGUCAUUUUAAUCUUUGUCGGCUGUGUAUGUGCUAAAUGUAUACAAAGCAGUUACCCUGGUCUUUAAUCAUUUAGGUUAAAAUGUUAUGAAGUUUAAGUUAGAGCUUUAGGUUAAAAUGUUAAGAAUUUACUUAUAUUACAGGUGUUUUCAGUUUUUUUAUGAUUGUUAAUCACGUUUUAUGCAGAAAUCUUGCUUAAACAGUCUGGGAGUACAGUCAAAUGUACAGCCGUUCCAUGUAGUUUCUCAGUUAAGACAAUGCACUUAAUAAAAUCUGCAUGUUUAAUAAUUAGCCUAUACAGUCAACUUCUAAGGAAGUAUCCUAACUGUGAUACAACCUCAUAAGUGAGUAAAGUUUAAUGAUACUCUAACAAGCAUAAAAAUAAAAAAGCACACACAAAUACUGGGUAACUCAUUUUAAUGACUCUUUUUGUUGGUACUACUCAGUAUUGAAUGAAGUAAAAGUUUAUUUAUAAUGCUGCCUUAAAUUUAAGCCUUCGGUUAGUUUUUAGGCUUAAUUAAGCUCUUGGAACAGUUGUAAUAUUGGGAGUGAAGCCUUCAAAUUCCACCUUUGGAAAAUAUAAAAUCUGAUUAUUAUUUGCUUAUUUUGGACAUAAUCCACUUUUAUUGUCUGGGUAAUUGCACUACUUUCUAUAUCUUAAAAAGUCAAGUCAUACAUCCAUGCAACACACUUUCAUGGCAAUUUGCAACUAUUUUAAUUUUUGGUGAAUAAAAGG